UAGUUUUUGCAUCCUUUUAUCUAUCUUUUCAUUUCAUGUCAUCAACAACCGCUCAACAACACUUCCUCUCAUAGUGAGGAAUCGUCUUCCUCUCUUCAAUUCAAUCAAUGGCUUCUGCACAUUCUUCAGCUCUCAGUUCUCUCUCUUCUCUCUCUAUCCGUUCCUCUUCCUCCUCCUCUUGUUUCUCUCUCCUCCCCACAACCAACAAACUCACAUUCCCUCUCCUCACCAAAACCACCUCUCUCUCCUUCACCGCCAAAUCCACCUCCUUCGACGACAAUGCACCCGUCCCCGAAGAAAUUCUUCCGUUCAACCCACCCGAAGUCCCGGAAGGCUUCAUCGACCAGCCUUCCGUAGACGACGGACCAGUCGAAGAGGAAGACGAAAUUGCUGCUGCGUAUGAAGAAAUCUACGGCGCGGCGUACAGUGGGGUUAGUGUGCUUGGAAAUGAUAUAUAUGUGAUGGAUUCGAAGACGAGGAAGGCGACUGGGUAUGGUUCUAGAAGGAAGAGAGAGAGGUUUAGAGAUGGGUUGGAAGAGAGAGUUGUGCAAGUGAGAAGGGUUACGAAGGUUGUUAAAGGAGGGAAACAAAUGAGGUUUAGGGCUAUUAUUAUUGUUGGGGAUAAGAAAGGACAAGUUGGUGUUGGUGUUGGGAAGGCUAAGGAAGUUGUUUCUGCUGUUCAGAAAGCUUCUAUUAAUGCUAGGAGGAAUCUUGUUAAAGUUCCUAUGACUAAGUACUCUACUUUUCCUCAUAGAGCAGACGGAGAUUAUGGAGCAGCAAAGGUGAUGCUUAGACCCGCUUCUCCUGGUACAGGAGUUAUUGCUGGUGGAUCUGUGAGAAUUGUUCUUGAAAUGGCAGGCGUUGAGAAUGCUUUGGGGAAACAACUAGGAAGUGACAAUGCACUCAACAAUGCCAGAGCAACUGUAGCUGCAGUGCAGAAAAUGAGGCAGUACAGUCAGGUCUCCGAAGAGCGUGGUGUUCCAAUGGAAGAGUUAUGGAAGUAAAUGAAAUUUGUGAAGCCAAUGUAAUUUCCAAUGGAAGAGUUAUGGAAGUAAAUGAAAUUUGUGAAGCCAAUGUAAUUUUCAUUCGUCAAUCAUUUUCAUGUAGAACUGGUGUUAGCACCUCAGAAAGUGUUCCAACUUUUUUUUGAAAGUUUCUUGGAAAGUAAACAACUCUUCAAAUGCUGUUUGUUCAAUCUGAAUUACAUUAUUCAUUUGCUUGUUUGAUCUUUA